AUGGCCGGUGAGGGUGUAGGCCCUCAAGCCAAGUUGACUGCCUCGGGGUCUUUAAAAAUUUACGAGCCCUUUGAUCCUGAAGAUGUUAAAAAAAAAAAUCGUUCCUCCAUCCAAGUUUUUUCAUUUUUUCAUUCCUUAAAAUUCUUUUUUAUUAAACACAAGAGCAAAAUAUGGUUGGCGUUUAAGUUCUUUUUGCUUCUAGGCUGGUUUGUUUUUUUAAUUUUUGCCUUUCUUCACAAAAAAACCCCCACCGUUUGGGGCCUCUUUGGAUUUACUAUAUUUUGCAUAGCCUUAUUUAUUUUUAAACACUAUGCGUGGCUUCGGGUUCGCCCUUCCCUUCACACUGUAAAGAAAAAGUUAGAUCGUGUCUUUUUAAAGCAUCCUUGGCCCACUAAACUUUGUUUGCUUGCUCUAUUGCUUGCUCUUUUUUUAGUAUUACUUAUUAUUGUGAUGGAAGUUCGAACGAACCCUACAAAGUUAAUCCCCGUGGCAGGAUUUUUCUUUUUAGUUUUUCUUAUGUGGGCGUGUAGUGUACAUCCAUUUCGAGUGAAUUGGAGACCCGUUAUUGCUGGUUUUACUUUUCAAAUUUUACUUGCUAUUUUUGUUUUAAAAACCAAACCUGGCCGCUAUCUGUUUUUGUGGCUUGGCCGCGCGUUUCAGCGGUUUGUGUCUUUCGCGGAUAAGGGUUCCACUACGGUCUAUGGUUUUUUAGCUGAAAGACACAUAUUUUAUUUUUCGGCGCUUCCCGUCGUUAUCUUCUGUUCUUCGGUGGUUUCUACUUUGUACCACUUUGGAGCCAUUCAGUGGUUCUGUAAAAACGUAACGGUCUUGUUUCGCUUUAUCAUCGGUACCAGCAGCCACGAGACUCUUACUGCUUUUGCAAACAUCAUGUUGUCUAUGACGGAGGCGCCUCUCCUUGUGCGGCCCUACCUUCCCACCUUGACCCGCUCUGAACUUUUUUGCAUCAUGACGAGUGGAUUCGCAACGUCAUCGGUUUCCUUGCUGGGAGCUUACAAUCAGCAGGGCGCGCCUUUCUACCACCUGAUAACCUCCUUUUUUAUGGCGUGCCCUGCAUCUCUUGCGGUUUCGAAGCUGCUUUACCCUGAAACGGAGGAUCAAAGCAAAGACCAAGAGAAAUUGACUGCUGAGGAUGAGGAGAAAGAGAAAAAGUGUAUAAACUUUAUUGAAGCUGCCGCUAAAGGCGCGGUGGAUGCAGCUCCUGUUAUUCUGAAUAUAGCGGCUGUCAUGAUAGCCUUUGUUUCAUUGAUAGCAUUAGUCAACUUCUUCCUUCGAUCUGCUGGGGACCUCGUCGGAGUCCCCGGCUUUUCCCUUCAGAAAAUCUUUCAGUAUCUGCUGUAUCCCUUCUGCGUUAUUGUUGGGAUCCCCCCGGAGCACUGCCUUACAGUUGCAGCGUUGCUGGGCUUGAAGUUGACCGGCAACGAACUCAUUGCUUUAGAAGAGCUUGCUCAGAAUCGCCAGAGUUCGAGUCUCAUCUCCGAGAAGUCGUUUAUCCUCGCCAUCUACGCGUUGUGCUCGUUUGCCAAUCUCGGAUCUAUGGGCAUUCAGCUCGGAUUUUUUUCCUGCUUUGCUCCUCAGAAAGUUUCCUUUGUAUCAAAGAAUCUACUCAAGGCUAUGCUAGCUGGUCAACUUGUAAAUAUGCUGAAUGUUGCACUUGUUAGUAUGAUGUUUAAUGACGCUCUGCUCUUUGGUCUUUAGGCUUUAUGUAAUAAAUCUGAAUGCACACUACUUUAAAGCAGCGGGAGACUUUUGUUAUAUAUUGGAGAGCUUU